AUGGAGCCUGCCAGCCUGGUAACAGGCAUCAUUGCCCUCGCUGGCCUCUUCAACAAUGCCGUCGACUGCUUCGAGUACGUUCAACUCGGACGCAAGUUUGGCAAAGACUUUCAAACCAGCUUGCUCAAGCUGGACAAUGCAAGGCUGCGGCUAUCGCGAUGGGGCCAAUCCAUAGGACUGAGUGGCGACCUCCAAGACGUGCAAACACUCAAUCAGACGCUUGUUUCAGCAGAGAAUGUAAAGAAAGCCGACGAGAGACUUAGCCAAAUCCUGGAGCUCUUUGCCGACGCAGAAGGGGUGUCAGCUAAGUUCAAGAGCCGCACCAAACCCGACGACGCAACCCUACUAGAGCAAGCUAUCGGAGCCGGGUUAGAUCCUGUAGCAGCAUCUCUUCAUCAAAAGAUGCGCGAACUCUCAAUCAAGCGGCAGAAUCAGACAAGCUUGCGACAAAAGACGAAGUGGGCACUGUAUGAGGAGAAGCAUUUCAGAAGGCUGAUUGAAGAUACUACCGAUCUGGUCGAUGGCCUAGUGGAGCUGUUCCCCGCAGCUCAAGUGACUCAGCGGAACCUCUGCGAGAUAGAGGUGUCAGAGAUGGGGACAGAUGAGAGUCUUUCUGUAUUAAAGGAUGUUGCUGCGGAUCAGGACGCGUAUCUGGAGGAUGCCGUUUUGAAAGCUAUUGAAAGGCGCAUGUCUCAGAGUGGUGGAUCUAAUGCUGCCUUCUAUGGAGCCAACUACGGCAUGCAACUGCAUACGAACACUGGUACUAUGAACAACACCCUUGGUAGAGGAUAG